AAUUGGAUUCUUCUCUCUCUGCUUCUCCCUUCAAAAGCCCUAUUUAUUAACCAAACCUAUAGCCCACUGCUUUUUCCCAUGCACUUUGUCUUCUUCACCUUCAACACUACUUCCCUAUCUUUCCCCUCUUCCUAUAUAUAUCCCACGCUACUUUCUCUUCUGGGUUCAUGCUUGCCUUACUUCUCUGUCCAUAACUUGUCUCCAACUAAAUCUUCUUCUUUUAAGUCCCUUAUAUAUUCAUCUCCUUUGCAUCGCACCCAUAACCUCAUAAACUUACUUGUUUUUUUCUCUCUGACAAGUUUUCUAGUUCUUUCCCAUUUGUCUAGCUCUCAAGAUUUGUCUCCAUAACUUGGCUACUUAAUUUCUGACAGUCCUGUAUAUAGUGCAGCAUUAAUAACAAUGUCUAGCAGAAGAUCUCGUUCGAGGCCGUCAUCAGGUGUUUCUAGGAUUAGUGAAGAUCAGAUCAUCGAUCUUGUUUCUAAGUUGCAACAACUUAUCCCUGAAAUUCGCAAUAGGCGCUCCGACAAGGUUUCGGCUUCAAAGGUGUUGCAGGAGACUUGCAACUACAUAAGAAGCUUACGCAGAGAGGUGGAUGAUCUCAGUGACCGUUUAUCUGAGCUUUUGGCUUCAACUGACUCCAAUAGUGCUCAAGCAGCCAUAAUUAGGAGUUUGCUUAUGGAGUAAUAAGACGAUAAUUAAACAGCGUUGCAUCCCAUUUCUCCUUCUACUUCUACUUAUAUAUAAAUUAAUGUAUAUCUAGGGUUUUGGUCACUAGGCCAGGACAAGGGUUGCUAUGGGCUUAGUAUAGCUAGCUCCAUUUUUAUGAUAAGACUUGUAGUAAUAUUAAUAUUAAUAGCCCUUAAUAAGAGGACUAGUACGUUUAUUUCCUUAAAGCAUUUUGUACCAAGAAAUUAUUAAACCCACUUUGCAUUAUUAUCUUA